UUACUCGGUGUUGGUGAUUUGGGCACCCAACGCAGCUGAUUCCAUUAGCUUCGGAAGCGCUUGACGAAUUUGUAUACACACAACCUUGUGGCAGUUGAAAUAUCGUGCCAUUAGUGGAGGUAUUUGUAGUAAGACCUGAGAGGAGAAAUGGUGCCAAGAAGGCGUUCGCAUUAGCCGUGGCUGCCUGAGACGUUGGCGGUGGUGGCUGUGGUGGACUGGCUUGUCGUCGUUUCUGUUGCAUCAGACGUGUGUUACCUGCCGCUUUCAGAGCCUCUUUUAAGGUUUGCUGAAGGCUGGCAGCUAAUUCGGCUUGCUCAUCCUUCUUCUCCUCUACAGCUGGUGGUUCCUCUUUCGCCUCGCUCUGUUCCUCACUAUCCGAGUCAUCUCCGCUGUCGUCCUGGUUGUAGUCAUCUUCGCCGAACGAACUGA